GUCGAGGUGUGACGAGAAGUUGGGGACGGCCGUGCUCACUUGCACGCUUGCGCCCCAUCUGCUAUGGUCCAUGUGUACGGAGCUGGACGGAGAUAACUGCUUUUACCCAUCCCCGAGCCUCUAUCUCAAGAUUGACGUCACCGAUCCCACAAUGUGGGACCCCUUCAUCCGACGAGGGAACGCAAUAGAAGCCAAUUACGAAGAAGAAGAAGAAGAAGAAGAAGAAGAAGAAGAAGGAAAUGAGUCAGAGGAAGAAGAAUCGGACACUAAUCAGGACGAUCUCGACUACAUUGGGUCAGAGGAGGAGGAAGAGGGAAGCGAAUCGGAGGAACCGAGCAUCCAUCCCCCGCGAAGCAGAGCAAAGGAGGAACCUGAAGCUCAGCGAAGGCGAGAGAAAGCGGAGGGCAAGCRGUCGGUCGAGGAAUCUGAAAGGCCGCCACCACAGCUGCUGCUGGGCGAUCCAUCGCUGAAUCURGAGCCGCCGCACGAAGAAUCCCAUGGAGCCGCAACGGAGGGAUCAGGAAGCCGACGCUGCAGAAAAAGCCUGGCUAACUACUAUAGGAAGUUCGUGAGGAACUUUUCGACUGUCACUGCUCCCCUUUGCCAGUUGCUAAAGAAAGAAGCAAUCUGGCAAUGGGACAAAGACUGUACAUCCGAGCUCAAGAAGUUAAAGCGCGCGUUGAUAGAGUAUCCUGUCCUCAAAGUAGCAGAUCCGUCCUUGCCAUUUGUCGUCACCACGGACGCGAGUCAGUAUGGUAUAGGCGUCGUGUUACUGCAAGACGACAGCAAUGGCCACAGACCCGUAGAGUUCAUGUCAGCAAGGAUGCCCUCCGAGAAGGUGGCUAUUUCGACAUACGAGAGAGAACUCUAUGCUCUCAGGCAGACCUUAGAGCACUGGAAGCAUUACCUGCUUGGGAGGCACUUCAAAGUGUAUUCAGACCACAAGACUCUUAGGUGGCUGAAGACACAGGCCAAAAUGACACCUAAGUUGACUAGGUGGGCCGCUGAGAUAGACCGGUAUCACAUGAGGUCCACCAUAGCCAUGGCCACCCUUCUUCCUCGUCCUUCCGAGGCCGAGGCUAUGGCAGACUACCAGGGCAUCGCCCUGCUGUGCAAAGCAGCUAUGACUGCUCUAGCUCAGGCCGCCAUGCCUGACUCUGUCUCGAAGCUUCUUGGUGUAGCUCUACCCCAACUGGGGCCUUCCUGCUGCAGCGCCCACCAAGGUGAUGAAGAUGGCAACCACCAUGGCCAGGUGGAAGGCCGGGAUGUCUCUGAGAUUGGGCCAGGCUUAUGUGUUCUGGUUGGUAUGCAUGAGGACGACACCGAAGCUGAUGCAGAAUACAUGUGUCAGAAGAUAUUGAAUAUGCGUGUGUUCACUGAUGAAAGGCGUGGAAGGUCAUGGGACCAGACUGUUAUGCAGAAGAACUACGAAGUUCUCCUAGGCGCGGUUGCCACCAACUUUACUAAUUGCCUAGGCAGGGACUUCAUUGGAAACAUUGACUGGUUCACUCUAAUGAAGGACAUUGUCAGUCUUGAGGCUGUAGACCUCGUCACCACAGCAGGUAGCAAAAAGCCCAUGGGCAGCCGGCGGUUCAAAGGCAACAACCGUUUUGUUGUGCAUGACCUGCUGGAGGCCGAAGAAGAAGCCGAUGCAGAUGACCCCACUCUUGGUGACGACCAGGAACAUGACUCUGAUACAGCUUGUGGGUGCAACGUCUUCUCCAAGAUCGAUCUCAAGUCUGGCUACCACCAGAUUGAAGUCGAUCUUGCGGACCAGCACAAAACUGUGUUCAAAACAUGCGAUGGGCUUUACGAGUUUACCGUAAUGCCCUUCGGUCUCACGAAUGCACCGGCCACCUUCCAAAGCCUCAUGGACAAAGCCCUUCGCGAACAGAUUGGCCGGUUCGUGGUGGUCUACCUCGAUGACAUACUAAUCUUCAGCAAGUCCAUGGAGGAACACCUCAAGCACCUUGAGGAAGUACUGACCAUCCUCAAGAAGACGCAACUUCAUCUCAACUUAGAGAAAUCUGAGUUUGGGAAGGAUAGUGUCAUCUAUCUUGGGCACCGGUUGUCUGUUGCAGGCCUAGAGCCUGAGGCAACCAAGGUGGAGGCCAUACGCAACUGGCCUAAGCCCGUGAAUGUUCGCGAGCUGCGCUCUUUUCUUGGUCUCGCGUCAUACUAUCGGAAGUUUGUACCCCGCUUCUGCAUUGUUGCGCGUCCAUUGUCGCGACUGACAAGUAAGAAUGUUCCCUAUUCUUGGGAUACCGCGUGCACGAACGCCUUUCAAGCUUUGAAAGACGCCUUAGUAAGUCACCCAGUACUCCGCAUUGCAGAUCCCAAACUGACAUUCGUAAUUACUACAGAUGCAAGUCAGUAUGGAAUCGGUGCAGUGUUGCAGCAAGAUGACGGCUAUGGCUUGCGGCCGCUCGAAUUCUACAGCAAAUGCAUGCCCAGCGUAAAGACCUACUAUAGUACCGCUCCUGUCGAACCAAAGAUCUUCUCCACUUCAUGUUCGGGAGAAGUUGCGAAGGUGUGGGUAUUGUCUGAGUCCAAUGUUGUUGGCUUCGAAGACGUGGUUAGCCAGUUCACUCUUUAUGGUUUUCUCAAGGGUCACCGACCAGAUUUUCACUAUGCUAUGCACCCACAGAAAGCAAGGAACUUCUAUGAGACCUUUGUAGAGACAGUGGGAAAUGCUUACAACCACUUAAUGGUGAAAGAUGGAAUAUUUGGAGCCAUGAUGCAGGUUCACCUUGUGAACGAUGGACCAGUGACAAUGUUGCUGGACUCAAGGAAAGGGCCUGAAGAGAUUGAUGAGGAUUGGGACACGCCCACUGAGAUAACAACAAAGAAACUUGAGAACGCCACAACAGGGAUGGCUGUGAAUCAACCGUACAGGAGAUCGUGGCAGGGAGGUUAUCGCGAGCAAGGAAACUAUCGGGGGAGAGACGAUCGUUUCGAGAAGAUGUGGGGUUUUAUCAGUAAAGAGAUGGAGGAGAAAAAACGUACAGCUAAAGAGAAGGAGAGGAAGUUAAAGGAGGAUGAAGAAAAGAAGAGGUUGCAGGAGCAAGAAGCGAAGAAGCUGAAGGAGCAGGAGGAGAAGAUCGAAGUUCAGACAAAUUUGGGGAAGCUGAUUAAAGGUUCUAUGACUGAAGUUUGCGAGUCCAUUUUGGGAAAGAAAAUUACAUCCACGGACAAUGUUUGUGCAGAAGCGAAUGCAGAGUUGCGACGAGAGGCAAUUGCUGCAGGAAUAAGGCCUGUAGGAGAGAAAGUCACAGAGACGGAAAAUGAAAGGUUGAGAAGGGAGAAUGAAGAGAUGAAGAUUGCCAUGCGCAUGAGCUUGGCUGAUAAAGAGAUCGAGUCAUUGAAAUUGGAGAACUCGACACUUUCGAGGGAUUUGCUUGCUCUGAAGGAAGAAGUCAGUAAUCUGAGGAAAGGGUGUGGUAAGAGGAGUUCGGUGGUCAUUACUAAGAAGAGUCCGCCUACUGAGCCGACUCGGGUAAGAUUGAGGAUGAACGAUAGGGAGCUCACUCCAGGUGACGUGGCCAAGAUGGCCGAUGCUUGUAAACGCUUACGAGAUGAGAAGGAUUAUGGUGAGAGAGAGGUCGCCGCUUUGAAGGAACGGAUCAAUCGAUUGAAGAUACGUACGUCGUGUGCAAUCUACGAACCUUCGGAAGAAGAUGGCAGGUCUUGUGGUUGAGCAUGAAGAAGAGACGGGGAGUGUAGCCAAGCAAAGGUGAGAUUCGAGAAACGGGCUGACGAGACGAGACCGAUGUUCACGAAGAGAGUGUUCACCGAAUUAAGUAAACUGCGCAAGAAUGA